AUGAUGCACCCUUACCCCCUGUCCUACCUCCUCCUCCUGCCGCUGGGAGUCUGCUUUCCUCUAGCAGACAGAGAAGAGUCUGGAGACACCCUGGGUGGCAUCAGAGCCAAGACGAGCUGGGCUCACCUGGCCCAGUGGCACCGACCUAACUUUCGGUGGGGCUCCUCUUGGCAGCCAAGAGCUCCCCAGCCGCUGGCCCUGCUUGUCGUAGCUAAGGAGCUGCAAACGUCCGGCAAAGAACGUGCGGGCUUCAGGUUCCGGUUCGGCAGGCAAGAUGAUGGCGACGAGGCCACCAGGUUCCUCCCAGCAGAUGGCGAGAAGACCAGUGGGCCACUGGGAAGCCUGGCUGAGGAGCUCACUGGCUACAGUAGGAAGAAAGGUGGCUUCAGCUUCCGCUUCGGCCGGCGGUGAAGGGACCGUGGCAUGCUGGAAAGGGUGCCUCCUCGGACCCUCACCCAUCUGAUCUCACUCCAGUGUUCUCAAGGUUCAAAGACCAAAACAUUGAGAAGACUUCAGUAUUAUUAUCACAAGUCAUCAGCAGUAGAUUUGGUUAGGCGGGUGCUUACUUUUGAUUUCCAACUUUGCUGAAGCAAAAAGACAAAAAGCAGAUGGCAUCACAAAGGUGACUAAAAGGAAGCGCUGUCCUGUUUAAGAUAAAAUGCCACCUUUGUUCCAGUUCGCCCGUGAAGUCUGUUGUCUUGCCUCUGCCUCCUCCCUCCCCUAGUGGUCUGAUUCUGAGA